AUGCAUCCUGAUUUAUCUUCACCCUUGCACACUGAAGAAUGUAAUGCCUUGAUAAACUUGCUUAAGGAAUGUCACGAACACCACAGCAUUCUGAAAAAUUUUGGUCGUUACAGUGACCUCAUUCGGGAGAUGAGAAAAUGCUUGAAGAAUGAAUACAUGGAAAAGAAGACCAAGAGCAGGGAGCAUUACAAUGCAAUGUGGAAAAGACUUCUUAAUCCCACGGAGGAAUCUGAAAAAUAA